AUGCCAGGCGGCAGCGGCAGCGGCACCGGCCAGAACAGCAGGAUUCUCGAGGACGGCGGGGACGGGGACGAUUCAGAGUUUACAGGCUUUCGUCAGACGGCGGGGACACGGGGCCACGGUGAUUGGUGUCAGUUGUCACGGCGUGGCGUGGUCACCGCGCGCCAAAGCGACAGCGACGGUGGAGUUAAAUGGGGGCGGGCGAUCAUCAGCCAGCGUCACUGCUCUUUGCAGCUACUGCCACACCACCAUAACGCAGCAAGCAAGCGCGCGCGACAAGGCCAGACACGACGACGGCGACGCCGCCGCCGCAAGCCGGGGCCGGUUGGAGGCGGGCACGACCGGCCGGCGAUGGGGGACAGGGCGGAGUGCAGGUUCCGCACGGUGUGCGUCUUCUGCGGCAGCAGCGCCGGCCGACGCAGGGUGUUCGGCGACGCGGCCCUCGACCUUGGCCACGAGCUGGUGAGGAGGGGCGUCGACCUGGUCUACGGCGGCGGCAGCAUCGGCCUCAUGGGCCUCGUCGCGCGGACGGUGCUCGACGGUGGCCGCCGUGUCGUCGGGGUGAUUCCCAGGGCUCUCAUGCCUGUCGAGAUAUUAGGUGAGAGUGUGGGAGAAGUAAAGGUUGUAUCUGACAUGCAUGAGAGGAAAGCAGAGAUGGCUCGACGAUCCGAGGCAUUCAUCGCUCUUCCUGGGGGGUACGGAACCAUGGAGGAGCUGUUGGAGAUGAUAACAUGGUCUCAAUUGGGAAUUCACAACAAACCUGUUGGGUUGCUAAAUGUGGAUGGUUACUAUGAUACCCUGCUUGCACUGUUUGACAAAGGUGCGAGAGAGGGCUUCAUCAACGCAGACUGUAGACACAUACUUGUCUCAGCGCCAACUGCUGCGGAAUUGCUGACAAAGAUGGAGCAAUACACUCGGUCGCACCAGGAGGUGGCCCCAGCGACGAGUUGGGAGAUCUCAGAGCUUGGCUACGCAAAAGCACCACCGGCUGAUGGAUGAACUCUAACAUUCAUUCCACUGAUAUGAUGAUGUAUUUGUUGUUUUUCUUUAAUGUUUUUCCUAUUAGUCAAAAGAAAUUCAGCGUCACGGUUGAGAUAUGAUUUUCUCUUGUGUUUAAUUGUACGGUGUGCUGGUCGUUGCCAUCUAUAGUUUUCAAGUUUGAAUUGCAUUACCAAGUAUGUUUUGUUA